CUUCCCGAGCUGACUACAGGUUUGCAGCCAGCACAGCUGCUGCCAGGCUCCCCAGGACCUCUCCGGCAAGGCCGUGUGUGCGCCAGGGACAGCUCAGAAUGGCCCCAUGACAAGGUGGUGGGCAGCAGGAGACCCCCAGACUUGGAGAGAGAACCCCCCACCUGCCUGCGGAGCCUGGGUGCUAAGCCACAGCUCUAAGCUCUGAAGCCCCUCCAUGAAUCCCCGGAAGAAGGUGGACCUGAAGCUCAUCAUCAUCGGAGCCCUGGGUGUAGGAAAGACCUCCCUUCUCCACCAGUAUGUGCACAAGACGUUUUAUGAGGACUACCAGACCACACUGGGGGCCAGCAUCCUCUCCAAGAUUAUCAUACUGGAUGACACAACUUUGAAGCUACAGAUCUGGGACACAGGUGGACAGGAGAGGUUUCGCUCCAUGGUGUCCACAUUCUACAAAGGCUCUGAUGGCUGCAUCCUGGCUUUCGAUGUCACUGACCUAGAGUCCUUUGAAGCCCUGGACACCUGGCGGGGUGAUGUCCUGGCCAAAACUAUUCCGAUGGAGGCGUCCUACCCCAUGGUGGUGCUGGGAAACAAGAUUGAUCUCGCAGACCGCCAGGUGUCCCAGGAGGUAGCCCAGGGCUGGUGUAAAGAGAAAGAUAUUCCCUACUUUGAAGUCAGUGCCAAGAAUGACAUCAACGUGGUUCAAGCCUUCGAGAUGCUGGCCAGCCGGGCUCUGUGCAGGUAUCGAAGCAUCUUAGAGAAUUACCUCACUGACUCCAUCAAGCUCUCCCCGGAAGACCAGUCCAGGAGCAGAUGCUGCUGACCUUCCAGACUCCCACUCUGAUGCCCAGACAAAGCCUGCCCAGGGCCUGGGCAUCCUCCUCCCCUCCCCCGCCUUCUGCCCAAGCCCAGCCAGGCAGCCUAGGCUCUGUGGCCAGAGCCCUUGAUGCCCUCACAUCCGUGCUGGGCCCAGCUCAGAGUGCAGCCCCUGCCUCGGGCUGAGUGCAGUGAGGACAGGGCUGGGCCCUCGGGGGCCCUCGGAGGCCCCGAUGGAACCUAGAACAUCACAGCCCAAUCCUGGGCCUGCAGGAGGCACAGCUCCUGGGCUGGCUCUGGCCUUCCUGCCACCUGUCCCCCCAAACACACGCCCUGUCCAGAAUGCACACCUCUGCAGACAGACGGGCCACCGUGUCUGGAGUCCUGCUGUGUCCUCCUGUGGCCUGGCCUUCCUCACCCCCACCGCCACGCACCCGCAAAGCUGCAGCACAGUUUUGGACCAGAGCGUGGCUUGGGUCACCCCAGCUACCAGCGCUGGAAAGCGAGGGCCUGCCUCAACCCCCGAUGGCCACCGUCAAGCCUGGAACAGCACCCCACCCCUGCAGGGUACGGGACUGAGGGAGCCCAGGAAAAGGCACCAAUGACUGGCUCAGUCCUCUCUGCUGGAUGCUCGGACAACUCCUUUAAAUCUCUCUGAGCCUCGGCUUGCUCAUCUGUCAAAUGGGGGUGUUAUGUGUCCUGCUGACAUCAGAGUAUAUGGUUGUGAGGACCAGAAGCUCUGCUUAAAUUUCAGUUGCUCUUGUUGAUAUGCAUCUAUUUAUUUCUUCAACAAGUACUGUUGAAUAUCUGCAACAGACAAUGCACUGAGGUCCAGUGACAAAUGAAACAAACAAGGACCCUGCUCUCCUGGACGCGGCAUUCUGAUAAGGGAGGGAAGUGAUAGGCGGAGAAUUUAAACAGAUAUUUUCAAAUAGCAGAUAAGUGUUUGGACAAAACAACCAAGGUAAUGGGACAGAAAGGGACAGAGACUGGGGUUGCUGCUGUUUCAGACAAAGUGGUCCAGGGAGGCUUCCCUGAGGAGGUGUCAUUUGGCCCAAGAUGACUUUCACUAGAGAUCAGGACAAAGAGCAUUCUACAGAUAGGGAGCCAAGGCCCUGAGGUGAGGACAAAUUUGCUGUGUUCUAGUAACAGUGAAGAGACAUUUAUUCACCUGAAGACUCAAAGCUGCUGUCCCUGAGGCACGCAAAGGGGACCCUGCCCCGAGUGGCUCCUUGAUGCUUUGCUGACUGGCCACCAGAGGGCAGCAGAGCUCCUUCCCUUCUACACUGAGUGGCCCGUGGCUUCUCCAUGAUGGUGAAGAGGGGCUUUUCUCUCUGUGCUGAUCCUCAAAGCUUGUUCUCAGGCUGGGGGCGUGUUCGGCCCCGUGAGAUUUAUGGGGCAGGAGAAUCCUCAUUCCUUACACCUAGUAGGAAAUAGGCAAAAACUGUAACAUCAAUGAUUCAGGCAAGAAAUCCACAUAAGUGACAAAUACUAGAAUUGAGGGGCCUGGAAACCUCAAUAGGCAGGACCCAGCCUGAAGGGGAUGGACAGGAUGACCACUCAGAGGCUCCCAAGUCCUAUCCAUGGCCCCCAUGGAGGUCUCCUGUCUACACAGAAGUAUCCAGCCCUGAGUUCUGAGCAAAGCAGGGAUGUAAGCCUAGGACCUCUGAUGUCAUCUGACUCUGAAGAUACCCCCAGAGGUAGGGAAUCCUGGGAGAUGGGGGGAGGGGUCAGAAGGAAAGUCUGGGGAGCCUCGUCUCCCCACCCAGCUGUGGGGAAAGGACGGGCUCGUCCUGGGCAGCAGCGUGGAUCAGACACAGAGCAGGGGCUAGGAGCAUGCCGCCGUCUCUGUGCCCUUCCUGGGAGCGGCACCCUACACCUCACAGGCUCUCCUGGGAGUCCGUGGACCCUGGAUGGGAUGUGUGGCAUUUGGGCACUUGUGUCCUGUGUCUGCCGCACCGAGGGACACGAGAGCUGUUUCAAGAUGUGUGCAACAAACAAUAAAUGUGUCCUUCUUUCUUUUUA